AUGUCUAUGUUUUCAUCUGAUGAGCAUGUGUCACGGAGACGAGCCCGUAUUUUCGGGUUGCUAAAUGCUUUUGAUUUUGCGAUGCUGCCACUCUGGUCUCAGGAAGGCGGCGGAGUGUCUUACAAUGACCCGCUUUGUAACUCUUCGGAACGCCGUGAGGUCAUUGUCUUGGAAGCUAGCCAAUUUUCAUAG